CCUCCCCAGUUCGUUGUUCUCCUCCCCAGCCCCACCAUGUCCUCGGACAUACACAGUCCACAAUUGUUUUGAUCUCUUCACAAUUAUCCAGGGCCACCAUGGAGGACGAUUUUGAGGAAGGACCCGGACAAUCAACGGCGAUCGUUUCUAUUGACCUCGGCCAGUCAACCGAGCUGCCCGUAGUGAGGCAGCCCGGGCCCCGCAGAGCCCCAAAGAGACGCACCAAAACCGGUUGCUUAACAUGUCGCAAACGUCGAAUCAAAUGUGGGGAAGAGAAGCCCAUAUGCAGCAACUGCGUCAAGUCCAAGCGUAUUUGCGAGGGCUAUACUCGACGAGUGGUGUUCAAGAACCCAUUGGGCAUCUUCGGCUCAUAUGGCCCACCGCCGGGGCACGAUCAAAUGCAACAGCAUCAUAUGGGAGUUCCUCUAUACAAUGAGUUUGGUGUCCUACCGGCCCAGCACGCAGCAGCGGCGGCCCAGCAUCCGAUGUUAGCCCCACGGCCUAUCGACCCCGCCACAAUGGGAUACCAUUCUAUCCAUACAUUUGAGACAGCCCAGUCAACAGAGGGUCAGCCAACAGUGAAUGCUCCUCAAUUUUACUACCCGGCACCACCGACGCAGAUACCCCCUCAGACAUGGCCUUCUCAACCCCAACAGCCCCAUCCAUAUGGGCCAUCAUCCUCAGGGACAGCCGAUUCGUCUCAAGUACGGUCUCAAACGACCAGCUCGAAUGAAGAACCAGCGCAGUAUCAAGAGACAAGACCGCAACAAUCGCAACAUCCACAACCCAUCAUCUACUGGUCUAAUGUUCAGCAGGGCCAGGGGCUCGUUCCAGGUUCUGCCCCACCACUUACAGGGGGAUCGCGAGCUGAACAGGGUCCUGAGAAUCCAUUAUUCCCCCAGCCUAUACAUUCGACAGAAGCCGUGUUUCAGUAUCAGCAGCAGCCUGGCCAAGUUCCCAUGCAAUUGGAUGCGUCCGGGCAAUAUACUCAGCAAUAUCAACCGCAGGUUGUCUAUGUGGACGAGGAGGAUGAGGAUUACUAUGAUGUAGAAUCUGAUGAGGAGAUGCAGGUGGUGAGCCAGACUCAGGCCGAGGGCUUCAAUCAGUUGAGUCUGAUUAUGGCCUCGGCGAACCACGAUGAUCGUCAACUUCGUUCGUUCACGACGCAUCUGAAUGAGCCCAAUAUUCUUGCCUCCUAUUAUCCCAACCUUGGAUCAAGUCCUCUCAACAACCCGAAAACUGCUCGCAUUUUUGCCCACUUCAUCCACUCCACGGGGCCGUCACUGUCCAUCUUUGAACGCCAUCCGACGGACUCUUCGAUCGUUUUGGGAGUUCCAGUCCCACCUGCCCAGCAGGGACUCUGGACAUAUACUUUACCCCUCAAAGCAUUGGAGAACCCCGCAUUGCUCCAGGCUAUUCUCGCCGUCAGCAGUCUGCACAUUGCAUAUUUGCAGGGUGUGCCCACCACCGUCUCUCUAAAACACUAUCACUAUGCACUGAAGCGCAUCGGCCGGGCCGUCGGCCUACCCCAACGCCGUAAGCAGAUCGGCACGCUCGCAGCUACCGAACUUCUCGCAUACUACGAAGUCAUAUCCGCGGACCAUACCAAAUGGAACAGUCACGUUGCUGGUGCUGCCCAGUUAAUCAAGGAGAUUGACUUUGCGAGCACAACUCGAGAUCUCCGCGCUCACCGGCGCAGAGUCAGCGAACAGCGUCGUCAGAUGGGCUGGUCUAAUUCGAUGAUGUAUCAUCAUGGCUUUGGCCCUGACCCCAAUGAGGAUGACCCCUUCGCUGAGAAGGAGGGAAGCAUUGACCAAGAUCUCAUCGGAUCUCUCUUGGGACGAGCAGUCAACUUUGAUGAGUUUGGACGAGUGGAAGAUGACUAUGGGCAUAGCCCAAAGAAGCAUUUUUCCCGCAAGGAUAUUGAGAAUUUCCGAAUCCAGUGCGAUCUCUACUGGUGGUUUACUAAACAAGAUGUUUUCCACAGUUUGGUCAGCGGGGAUAAGCUAUUCAUGCCCUACUACAUGCAGUGUCAAAGCCCACCACGAGCAGGCAUCGGCCGGAUCGAUGCCAUCUAUGGAUCAGCUGACCACCUUUGGCUGUUGCUUGCGCGGGUGACUGACUUUGGGUAUCGCGACCGAAAACGAAAGCUACGGACUCUUCGGGCUGCUGGAACGGACUGGAAGCCUACGCCGGGGAUGUUCAAGUUUAUGGGCCGGUUCUCUCGUGUUGAUCCUAGCAAGAUGAAGGGACCGCCUGGAGGACCGCCUGGUCCACCCGGAGGUCCUCCUGGUGGCCCCUCGCCGCCUGGUCCCCCUAGAGGACCACCUUCAUCGGGCUCGGCUCCUUCCACAAGAACUGGUCCACCGUCAGAUUCAUCGGGAGGGUCACCUGGCCAGCGCGCCGGUCCGCCCGCGCCGGAUGGCCCUCCCAUGUACGGCAUGAUCCCACCACAAGGUCCAGCGCGUCUGCCAUCUGGAUUCGCCGAGAGUCGUCGCGACCAGCGAGAAUCCCCCGAGGAGGAAGAGGUAAGUGAGGAUUUUACAUAUACCGAAGCAGAGCGUGAAUGGGAGGAGAUUUUAGUGGCCAUGGACGUCUUCGCCAAAGCGCUCGGCCGUGACUUUGAGCCGCUCCCUGCAGAUGUCACGCAGUCUAUUUCAACGCCAUUCGGACCGGCACUCCAGUACCGCACGCACACGAUCGCGGUCAUCUGGGGAUUUUACUACGCCGGUCGUAUUCUGCUCCAACGACUGCACCCUUCCAUGCCACCCGCCAUGAUGAUGGCCGCUGGGGUGGCCGCUCCUACCACCGCGGAAUUUGCACAGAUCAUAGGUCGCAUCACGGGAGGUAUUUACUACCCGCAGCGCUACAAUCUCGAAGCUGGUAGUCUCAGCCCAACGCUGGGCUCUUCACUGACGGAGAUGACGAUGCCGAUCUUCUUCGCCGCCGUGCAGUACAUAGAUCCCGCGCAGCGUGGCUGGACCAUCGCCAAACUGCGGGACGUAUCCCGACUAACAGGCUGGAAGACCUCGGACGCCAUCGCCAGUGGCUGUGAAAAGGCGUGGAUUGUAGCCGCCAAGCAUGGCCGUGGCCCGCCGUAUGAGCGAUCAUUCGAAUCUUCCCACCAGCGUGCGCAGCAUCCGCUGGAUAUCCUCGAACGCGACCGGAGCACCGAGUACAGUGAUGACCGGCGCUUUGUGACGGUUCAGCCACCGGAUCGAGCUUAUUUGGCAAUGGGCCUGUUGAGCUUGGAGGGAGAUAUGCAGAAUUUGGAGUUAUAGGCUGUGCAGAUGUGUUGGCAUCGUAGGAUUGGGCAGGAGAGAGGGUUGUACCUACAUUAGGCAGAGUUAAUGGCUGAGGAAGCAUGUCACUCGUGCAGUAGAUCUUAGUAGUAUUUAAUUGCUCCCUAGCAGACUGAGAGUCUCUGGUGGACCUUCCCCUCCUCC